AUGGCCGAAGGAUUUUUGUUGCAACCAAAUGGAAACAAGGCAAUGGAGAUUCUAGGUCAUCAAUAUUUUGAGGAGCUAAAGUUGAGAUCAUUUUUUCAACAUUCAAUGAAUGUCGAUGUAAGAUAUACUAUGCAUGAUCUGAUAAAUGACUUGGCCACAAGUGUUGCAGGAGAUUUAGUUUUUAGAUUGGAUGAUGAGAUGGAUUCGUCCGACAAGAAACAAAGUUUUGAGAACUUUCGUCAAUUUUCACUUGUAGGUCUACGAGGGGGAUCCUAUAGAAUGCUCAAUGAAUUACAAAGAGCUAGAUGCUUAUGA